GUGUAAUAUAGGUACGUACCUGAGUUAUGGAAUAUGAGACGAGGACGGACAGAGAAUUUUGCGGCAUAUGAUUGGUCAAUCCCACUGCAACUGUGGCGUCACUCUGCAAAGCUGCAGACAGACCUCUCCAAUAGCUCUCCUCCUUGCGUACAUGUCCUUAAGCAAGAUGGACACGACUACAACAUCAUUACCACCUUCAUCACCGCCAGCGCCAAUCUCUCCCAUAUAUAGUUUCCCUCUGUCUACGACACGGUUGGCGACGUCCCUCUCCCUGUCGGCGCGAUGCCCAUCGAUUUCCGGUAGUUUUCAUCCCGCAUCACGACAUUGCCAACACAUCCCGUAACUCAUCGUCGAAAUGGCAUCCGGUGCGCCGAGCUACAAGCAGCUCAAGGAGGACUUCGUGUCCAACCUUUCGGGGGGGUCGAUCGCGGAAAUCAACCACGUCACGUUAAUAGGACCGGUUGCCUUCACCCUAUGGUCCAUCUUGCAGAGUCGCCAGUCCUUCUUCAAGCCGUACAAACCUCUCAGCUUUCUCGUCGACUUCCUCCUCAACGUCGUCGCCGUGCUGCUCGCCAUCACCCUCUACGCGAACACCCCGCUGCUGCUAUGCGGCUUGAUCCUCGCCCCCGCCCCCCUCAUCUACGCAUUACCCGCCAAUUUCGCCGCCUCCCGGAAGAAGCCCAAGCUACCCCCGAGCGCGCACGCGCAAAAGUCCUCCGCUGCCCUCAGUGCCCUAUCUACGAAACCGUUCCUGACGACCUACCGCGGACUCAUGCUGGUCAUUACCUGUCUAGCUAUCCUGGCUGUGGAUUUCAGGAUCUUUCCUAGACGCUUCGCCAAGGUCGAAACCUGGGGCACCUCGCUGAUGGAUGUGGGCGUGGGCUCCUUCGUCUUCUCGGCCGGCGUAGUCGCCGCGCGGCCGGUCCUGAGGGAGAGGGCCGCCGGCCGGACAACCCCACUCCUACGACGGCUGCUGUAUUCGAUGCGCCAUUCUCUCCCGCUCCUCGUCCUGGGCGUCAUUCGCCUUAUCAGCGUCAAAGGCCUCGACUACGCCGAGCACGUCACCGAGUACGGCGUCCAUUGGAAUUUCUUCUUCACCCUAGGCUUUCUUCCUCCCUUCGUCGCUAUCUUCCAGUCUGCCCUCAAAGUCAUCCCGUCCUACGCCGCGCUCGCUCUCCUUCUCGGCGUGAUCUACCAAGUCGUACUGGAGAGCACGGGCCUGAAGGCGUUCAUCCUAACCGCGCCGCGGACCGGUCUCUUCUCCAUGAAUAGAGAGGGCAUAUGCAGCUUCUCUGGAUACCUCGCCGUAUUCUUAGCCGGGCAGGACACCGGCAUGUUCGUUCUGCCCCGGAGCAUCAACCCACGCAGCGGCACCAGCAACAGCACCCAGCGGACUACCCUGCUCCUGACUAUGACUGUGUGGACGUCAGUCUGGGCCGCCCUCUACUUCUUCGCCACCGACUUUUCCUACGGCGCGGGGCUCGACGUGUCGCGGCGCCUGGCCAACCUACCGUACGUGCUGUGGACGGCGGCGUUCAACUCGGCGCAGUUGUUCGCGUGCUGCGCCAUCGAGACCGCCUUCUUCCCGUCCUUCCACAACGCAACCGACUCGAGGACGGAGCAGGAGGCCUACGAGACGGCGACGAGCCGGGUGCUGCGGGCUUUCAACCGCAACGGGCUGGCUAUGUUCCUGGCGGCGAACCUGCUGACAGGGCUGGUGAACAUGACGGUGCCGACCUUGGACGUCGGGCCGCAGGUGGCAAUGGGGAUCCUGGUGGGGUACGCCGCCGUGCUGGCUGCUCUCGCGGUCGCGCUGGACGCCUGGAAUAUAUCGAUCAAGCUGUAAAUUUGUUGCAUACGUUGGAUAUAGAGAGAAUGACAAGCGUACAUAUAUCGUGUCGAAUCACCACCCGCCGGGAACGACAUCGUCUCCGUGUGUUUGCGUCCGUGGGUGUACCGAGGGACUGUUGGAUCACAACUCUGGGUUCAUAGAGCUAGAUACGGCAGUUCUGCGUUUGGGACCCCUAUUAUUUCCCACCUUGGGAAGAGAGCGAGAGCGGCACAUACUGAUUAGUACGCCUAACAUGCAACCCUUCGAUCCAAGUCUUUCUCUUCGUACAUAGGAGUCAAGUGAUGAUAUAGAACACACAUACCUACUUCCCGCGUCUACCCGACCCGACCUCGGCAUCUCGCGGUGCCAUUCGUCCGCCCUGUCUACUCACCUCACCGCGACGACUGGCCUAUACUUGCCGGCCUCUUUUGACGGCUGGCCAACAAGCGCGCCCGAGAUGCGGCUCCCGCAGGCCAAGGCCUCUUUGUCCCCCCGCCCCACGCAUCCGCUCCCCCCACGCUUCCG